UUGUUCCUCUGGGGGACGACAGCAAGUCAGCAACGCUUCCUGUCCAGCGGUCAGGCCCGGCGCUCGGGCCAUGCGGGGCCAUGAAGUCAGGUGGGUGCGUUCUGCGACUUCAGGCACGCACGACGCGCGAGCACGAGCCUCCAGCGCUUUGCUCAUUGACAUACAACAGCAGCGUUCCACAUCGCCUGCGCGGGGCUUGCUCGCGAGCAUUCACGAAUCCCAGCAAGCGGUUGGUUUCAAUAACUGCAACACAGCUGCUCCAAAUAUGAGACCGCGGGGUUGUGCUAAUUGACAUUUCAAAUCUAUAUACAACAGCAACUGAUAUACAACAGCAACUGACGCACUGGAGCUCCUAGUGCGUGGCCAGACGGUUUUGUAUUAAGCAAUCUGCUCCAGGCGCAGCGCCUCAUUGCCAGAGAGGCUUACCUUUAGGGCUUGUACAUUGCGCCUGCCCGAUGGAGCCCGGGAACGCGGACUUGCCAUAUCUCCUGGACUCGUCCGUGGCCGAUUUUCUGCGCCUGCUACACGCUGUCGACACAUUCCCGCGGGGCGGGCUCUACUCGGGCUAUUACGCCAUCCAGGCAGCGCAGCGCUAUGGGCGCUACUGGACCGCGGUGUUAAGGACUCAGCCCGUGGGCAAGGGCAGUGCGGCGAUCCUGCCCCCGCUGGAUGUGGCGUACGCAUGGCUGGUUCACCGGCAGGACCCGGCCGGCUACAAGUCCGCCAUGGCAGCCCUGGGCGUGGGUAAGCCGCACCCCGCCAGUGCCGAACAGGCCUUUGGGUUCUCCAUCGACCGCGCGGACCGGGCGGAGUGGAAGAAGGUGGCGGGGGCGCACCCACAGUGGCCGCCGCCGGCCCCGGGCUCCAGCUAUGGUGUAGAGAGCGAGUUUCGGAUAUGCACCAGUAGUUUCCGCAACGCCGCCGUGGACCUGGCCAACGCCAUGGUCCACUUGUCGCGGCUGCUGCACACCUGGCUGCGGCCGCACUUCCUGGACAGCAUCUUCCUGCAGCGAGCGUGGGGCAGAUUCUCCAAGUUCCUGCGCCUGCACAUAGCACACCCGCAAGAGGUGCUGGUGCCGGCGGCGGACAUCGCGCUCAUCUGGCACACCUACCUCGGCCUGAGCGACAAGUACGAAGAGAUGUGGGUGCUGAUGUUCAAACGCCUACAAAAGGAGAGCCCGCAGCAGCAGCCGCCGGCGGAGCUGUGGCGGCCCGACUACCUAGCCCUGUCGCCCGACAUGCGAGCUGAAGCGUACGGCAAAACCGCGGCGCUGUACCAGCAGAUGUACGGCGAGCCGUACGACGACCCAGACACGGCGUGGAUUGCGCCCGAGGUGCCGUACCCGCUGGCGGCACCGUACAGCCCGAUUGCGCCGCUGCUGCAGGCGUUGGAGGACGCCCCGGAGCCGAGUGCUGCGCACUACUGGGGCACAGAGCGGGCAGAGACGUUGUUUGGCAAGGGCCAGUCCUGGGCCAACGCCAAGGUGCCCCGGGCCGGCGCACACGCGCUCUACCUCGCCUGGCUCAUGUCGAGACGCGCCGAGCACUACUAUGACAACGCGGGGUACCAGCGCUGCUGCCUGCCGAGGAAGAUUUUGCACACAAAGGCUUUGUCCACGGCCGUGGCGGCGGUGGUGUCCUGCGCCUACUUCCUGGACCUGCCCGCCACAUCCAAGCACCCCUACCUGCGGUCCAUCAACGUCAGCAACAGGCAGUGGCAGUCGUUGUACAGCGUGACGGCGGCGGCGGCCAGUAGUAGUAGUGCCGCCGCCGGGCAGCAGCCGCCACAGCCGCCACAGCCGUCGCCACAGUCACAGGCGCUGCAGCAGCAGCCCAUUGCCGGCGGCGGCUUCUCGCCUAUCGAUGUGGAGCUGCUCCUGCGCCCCAGCAGCCAGGAACACCUGCUGAUCGGGCUGAAUCAGCUGCUGCAAAUAGAUGGCGGCGGCGGCGGCAGCAGUGGCGGAUCAGGAGCAGCAGGAGGGGCCCGGGGCAGUGUGGCGCUGCUGUGGAGCAUCUUGGGUGACAAGGCCGCCGCCGAGCUCGCGCAGCUGCUGUUCAGGAGCGCAUGGAAGACGGCGAUUGCCACCAGUGUGGGGCAUAUGCAGCGGGAAUACCAGCACAAGAAGUUCAACGCACGUGACCGCGACGGCGUGUACUACUACGGCACAACUGACUACUACCACGCUGGCAUGCUGUACUACGCAUACGGGGCGGAUGGCUACGCCUUCGAUGACCCGCGGCGCAAUCAGUUCGAUGGAUCCAUUAUGGCUGUGGGCGGCGGUGAUGGCGGCGGCGGUGGCGGUGGCGGUGGCGGUGGCGGUGGCGGUGGCGGUGGCGGUGGCGGUGGCGGUGGCGGUUGGGGCGACGGUGGCGGCGGAGGCGGGGGAGGCGAGGGCGGCGGAGGCGGUGGUGGUGGCGGCUGCGGCGGGUGCGCCGGAUAGACUGUUUUUGAUUGGCUGGCGGAAUGUGCUUGGGCUGCUGCAUGCGUGUCCCAAUGUUGCACGCCGGGAAGUGUCUUUUGAGUUAGGAGAGCACACACGCCGGUGAGGGGGCCCUGCUGGACACAAGACUAGAAGCAUAUAGAAGACACCCCGUCAUGCGCGAGUUUUUCGAAGAUGCGUAGGACAAAAGAUGCGUAGGCCACCACGCGAUGUCGGCAGAGGGCGCAAGUUAAGGAGUGGGGGGAGAAUGCAUGGGAGAUGAGGAGAUGGGCCAGGCAUGUUCAUGUCGGACAUGGCGGCCAGGUAUGCGUCCUGCUCCGCGCGCUGGUGGUUAACUUGUGUCCGUGCAUAUGAUGGGGGGGGGAUAACGUUGAACCAAUCCCGUAAGGAAACAGUCGCGCGGUAAGGAGAACUGCAGCUGCAAAAGCGAGUCGUUGCACAUCACCGUAUGUAGUCGGGCGGGCUUGGGCAGUGUAGCGGCAGGUGGAAGGAGACGAGGGGAGGAGACGGCAGGUGGAAGGAGAUGGGGGGGACGUGGGACCGAGAGAAAGGUUUUUGAGUUGCGCCGCAGGGUUAGGCGGCUUGGAUUUUGGCGCGGGUUCGGGUGCCGCCGGCGUGGAGUGCGGGGGUGAGGUGGUUGAGGGCUACCGUACUGCUACGCUACGAUUGAUACCAGAUUUCGUAAUACACAGUUUCGGGCCUUGAAAGAAUGACUGUAAACGCUCUAUGUG